AUGGAAAACCAAGAAGGAAAUACCGAAAAUGCUCACUCGGAGGAAACCCACACCCCGGAUGUAAACAAUGCGCAGCCCGAAAACAACAAUAAACAAGACAACAAGAACGAGCCUGAAGCAGCUAUUGAGCAUAUACAAUCCAGCGAGAGCCAUGACGCAGAAACAACUGAGAGCUCGAUUAAAGACUCGCCCGAUACUACCGAUUUAAAUCCUAACAAUUCCAGUCCAAUUCUAAGCAAAUCAGCUGGGUCUUCUUCUUCCCUUUCUUCCUUAUCGUCUGUCAAUUCAACUCAUUCAACUGAUGAUUUGGUCAAAAGUUUGGCUAAUGCAAAUUUUAAUGACAAAGAUUCGAAAUCUAUCACCGUAUCGAACGAUGACAAAGAACCAGGCAUAACAAGUUCAUCUCCGACAUCGAACGAACUUCCAGAAGUAAACAUCAUACCUAAGGCAUUACCAAAGUCAGUAGCUUCCAAAGCAAACUUCUACAAUGAAUUAUCAAACAUAGAAACCACAGAUGACUCGAGACCAUUACCCAAGAAAGCAAUUAAAUUUACCGUACGCAAGGUGUCUCGUGAAACAAUAAAGCUGCCAACCACAAGCACGACUCAAUAUAAAGCCAAGAGAAUGUCUCCGCAGCAAUCAUUAGAGGUGGAUUCCAAGGACGCGGCUAAACUACGUAACGCUCAAACCAAAUAUGACCAAUAUAAAGCAAAGAUAGCUAAGAUAGAGAAGGAAAUCAACUUUUUGAACAACUUGUUGCCACCAUAUAAUUUAGAGGUCGAUUACAACACCCGAACUAAGAUUGUGAAUGCUAUAAGUAAGCUUAAUGGAAGAAAAGACGAAAUCGAGAAAAAGAAAUACGAUUUAGGUAUGAUAAUAAGCAGACUAUGGAGAGUACAAGAGGGAACUGAUAUUUGGGUUAGGAGUUUCGACAAUAAGUAA